AUGAAUAAUCAAUGUGCCUUUUAUGCAAGAUUGGUGACUUCAAAGAAAAUGGAAAUACCAUCGGAAGCCUCUACUCUCUCGGAGAAGAGGAAAAUAAUUCCAAAGGAAGUUAUUUCAGAGGAAGAUUUGGAAGAAACAAGUUUUAAUCUUUCCUUACCAAAUUCAAAGAGAAAUCACAUAUUAAAGGAAUUGGAAAAAUUACCACCAACUCUCGGAGAGGAAGAUUUAGUAAAGAGAGAACAAGUGGAAAGAGUUUCUAAAUUUUUGGCUCGUGUUGGAGUUUGUUCUAAACAGCAAGGAGUUGAUUUGAUAAAGGCAGGUCAAGUGAAAGUGAAUGGUAUUCUUAUUACAGAGAGUGGACAGAAAAUGAAUCCAUUCUAUGAUGUGGUGACUGUUAAAGGUGUAAAUAUUACAAAGAAGGAUGUAGAAAGUAAUUUGGAAAAUGUUAAAUUAUAUGCCUAUCACAAACCAAGAGGGGUUUUGUGUAGUCGUGUGGAUAAUGGAGGAAAUAGAGAAACAAUUUAUCAGCGAUUGGAAAGAAUGGGUUUUGGUCAUUUGAUUUCUGUUGGAAGAUUGGAUUAUAACUCUGAAGGAUUAAUUCUUUUAACAAAUGAUGGAAAUUUAUCGAGACAUUUGGAAUUGCCACAAACAGGACUUGAAAGACAGUAUCUUGUCAGAGUUCAUGGCCAAGUUUCACAACCUCUAUUGGAUUCUCUUCAAAAAGGUUCUACCAUUGAAGGAGUUCACUAUGCAGGUAUGAAGGCCACUCUUCAUAGAGAAGGAGAAAAAACUAGUUGGAUUAAAGUAAUUCUCCAUGAAGGAAAGAACAGAGAAAUCAGAAAAAUAUUCCAACAAUUGAAUCUUCCAGUGAGCCGAAUUAUGAGAAUUCAAUAUGGACCUUACAAAUUGGAAAAUAUUCAAAAAGGACAAAUCAAAGUUCUAGAACUCAAAGAAGAAUUUAAACAAAAAUGUUCUAACAUUUACAAAACAGCAGUCAGGAGUAAAGAGAAGGAACUGGAAAGAGAUUUCAAAAACAACAGGGCUGGCAAUCCUAAGUCAAACAACUCUAAAAGGAUACCUGAAUUCUAA